UGGUAUUUUUGCAUGGUUACAUUGAUUCAGCUUCGACCAGCGUAAGAGUGCAUAUACCAUGUGCCUGAGGACUAAGCAGGGGCGGACUGACAACUCAUGGGGCCCCCGGGCAAUAGGGGAUCAUGGGGCCCCUGUGUCCUUGCCCAAACUCAAAAAAGCCUAUAAUAAAGGUACCAGGGGCAUCUCAUGGGGCUCCCUACUGACCCCGGGCUCUCGGGCAGUGCCCGAGUUUCCAAAUGGUCAGUCCGCCCCUGGGACUAAGAAAGUAGAA